AAGUACAUCCGGUUGAAAAGUCGUCAACGUCAAACUCAUGCUGCCUAAACCUAAACAGCAGCUAUAAAAAGCUAAAUUAACGAACUUUUACCACCUCAGAAGCAGCUUUAACCCUGUUAUAAGCAUCCCCCCCCCGCCCCCCCGCGCUGCUGUAUUAGCUGAUAUCAAGACAAAAAAUGUCUGGAAAGGCGAAGGAAAUCUUACAGAUGGAUCUGUAUGGGUUACUCGGCAUUGAGAGCACAGCUACAACGAAAGAGAUCAAGAAAGCAUACCGACAGAAAGCCUUGACCUGCCAUCCAGACAAGAACCCAGAUAACCCUAAAGCAGCGGAGCUCUUCCACCAGUUGUCUCAGGCUCUUGAAGUUCUCACUGAUGCCGCAGCCAAGGCUGCCUAUGACAAGAUCUGUGCUGCCAAGAAACAAGCAGAAGAGAGAAACAAGAAAUUAGAUGAUAAGAGGAAGAAAAUUAAACUUGAUUUGGAGGCCAGAGAACGACAAGCAGAAGCUCAGAGCCAAGAGGAAGUUCAGAUUACAAGAACACUUGAGGAAGAGAUCACCCGCUUAAGGGAGGAGGGAUCCAGACAGCUUGAAGAGGAGCAGAGGCUCAUCAGGGAGCAGAUCCAGAGAGAAAGGGAAGCACAGCUACAACCCGGAGACCACACUCACAGAGGAGGGGUAAGAUAUUCCCAGAGCAACGUAACUCCCAAACUAAAGUUAAAAUGGAAAUGCAAGAAGGACGACGAGAUGAAUGGAGGUUAUUCUCAAGAAGUUCUACUUAAACUAUUUCAUAAGUACGGGGAUGUUUUAAAUGUGAUCGUAUCGAGUAAGAAGAAAGGAAGUGCUGUUGUGGAGUUUGCAUCUGUGAAAGCAGCUGAGCUGGCGGUUAAAAAUGAAAGUGGCCUGAGUGUUAACCCGUUGAAGAUCACAUGGCUGGAAGGACAACCCGAGGCUGUCCCUGCUGCAUCCCAGUCCGGCCUUUUCAUUUCUUCACAGGGUUCCCUUUCAAAUGAGCGUGACUAUGAGACGAUAGUGAUGAUGAGGAUGAGGCAGGCCGCCGAGCGACAGAAGCUCAUAGAGCAGAUGCAGAGAGAGGACGACGAUGAGGCUGCAAAGUCGUAGCCGGAAGAUCAAGACUGGCUUCAGUUUCAUAAAACUUUUUGUGUUUUUAUUAUUGUUUUGCUGUAGGAUAUGGUGUGAAGAAGAAACUCUUUUAAUAAAAAUGACAAACCUGUGCUAUAA